AUGAGCGGUCAUCAAAUCUUUGAGCACAUAGCGGACGAACUCGAUGCGGCCGUUGAGUAUGACGGAGAAACCAAGCUUGAGUCAUCACCGAGCUUCGAUUCUGGCGAAAAUUCAGAGACUACCAAGAAUUCUGAAGAUUUGCUCGCUGGGGGAAAGGACGCGCACGAGCCUGAUGUGAAGGCAACCUCUUCCGAGGAUAGGGCGGCAAACGGUGGACAAACCGAAGUCAGCGAUAUUGAGAAUCCAGUCGCUAAUCUGACUUUCCAACCUAUUCGACGCUCAGAAGCCUCCACUCAGUGUCGUUGUGCCGAAGGUGACAGGAAGUGCAUUGCGAAGUGUGUUGCUGCCAAAGUGGAGGAGGUCGUAGUUUGCCAAGAUUGUCGCGACAAGUGGAGCUGUGAAGAGGCUAAAAAGUGCAAACCCGUCAAGCCAAAGCCAUGCGACAUCUGCGACAAGGAUAAAGAGGACGAGCAGACGUGCAAGAAAACCUGCUAUUUGAGGACAAUUCCGUGCGAGAAAUGCAGCCCCAAGGACCGGGUCUGCCAGAAGAGCUGUGUCCCACAACACGAGGAAACCGUACCUUGCUGGAAAUGUCCAAAGAACGACUGGGUAUGCUUAAAGCACUGCUUCAUAUCUGAGGAUAGUGACCAUCAACCUUUCUGUUGCGAUCAUUGUCACAAGGACAACGAUGCCUGCCUUAAGAAGUGCCAGAAGAACUGCAAACCUCGCAUUCCAAAGCCACAGUCUUGCUGGGACUGCAAGAAAGACGACAUACAUUGUCACAAGCACUGCUGGAUCCCAGAUAGACCACAGCAUAACCCUUUCUGCUGCCAUGACUGCCACAAGGAGAACAAGGUUUGCCACGAGAAAUGCGACAAAAAUUGUAAACCGCCAGCGUCAAGUCCACGGCCGAGUUGUGGAUGCAAAAAGGAUGACUUGGAGUGCUUGAAGCGUUGUGAGUAUCCUGAAGAGCGUAGGCAUGACAAACCCAAGUGCUGCCACGAGUGUCCCAAGGAGCCAAGUCACCAAUGCCACAAGACGUGUGACAAAAAAUGUAAUCCAAUGCCUGGGGAUACAGGUAAUCAAGAAAAGUGUGUGAGGCAAUGCAACAAGGACGAUUGGGAUUGCAAGAAAGCGUGUAAAAUUGCUUGGAAAUCCGAUCGGCCUUCAAAGACUCCGCGACCUUCCAAGCCAAAUUGCCAUAACUGGUGCGGUGAGUACGAUAAGGAAUGUCAGGAGAGGUGCUGGGAGAAGUCUCAUCCACACGCUCCAGAUCACCAUGGCAAAGACGCCCCUCCAUGCGAGGAGUGCCAUUCCAAGGACCUCAAAUGCCAUGAGCAUUGUCAACUGAGACACAAGCAUGGCAAUCCGCAACACAAUCAAGAAUCUGGUCUAAGGCCUCACUGGAGCCAUCCUUGGCCUCCACAAAACAGUCACGUCCCGCCGCCAAGCUGGGGAUCACCACAACAUUCUGAGGGCAAAGUGCCUGGACAGCUCUUUGGCGCUUGUCCUGCCAAUUUCGAAGGCGAGCACCAGUUCCCCACCAGCGUGAUUCCGAUCUCAACAGCAGAGCUGAACAAAGCUUAUGGCAACCAAGACGCGUACAUCGACGACAAGGUGAGCUCCGUCUUUAACUUCGAGCUGCCCGUCUCGUUCGCCGGAAAGACGUGCUCUCUGUUCUUCUUCUGGCCCCAAGGUCGGACAGAUAUAUGUACGUUCUCCGGACAAGGGCUGGCGAGCUUCGACCUCGUUGGUAGGGCCGAUGCCGCGACUACGUGCGCAUCCAGACCGCAAGUGUACAGACACUUGAACGACAUUCCCAUGAAGCCAGGCACCACAUACUGGAUUGCUGACCAUCCCUGCACCCCGGGACCGGUGUCGUUCGAGAUUAGCGGCAAGCAAGGGUUCGCUUUGACGUUUGCCCAACACCAGCCCAUUGGGCUGUAUAUUCGCGCGUGUUGA